AUGACAGCCCUCUUCAACUUCCACUCCCUCCUCCUCGUCAUCCUCCUCACAAUCUGCACCUCGACCUACGCACAUUACGUCUUUCCCGGGAUAAUGGACAGAAAUAAGGCAAAUCCGUUCGUCAGUCCAGUCUGGAAGGCUGCGCGUGUGGGCGAGCGCCUGAGCCCGUAUGUCGCCGUGGCGUGUGUUGUUAUGGCUGGCCUCGAACUCUGGGGAUGA